AUGCGGUUCGACGUUCUUGCGAUCUUCCCUCUGGCUGCCAGUGCGGUCAACAUCAUCUCAUCUAAUGAUGAUGGCUGGGCGGAAACAAACAUCCGCGCUCUGUUCGAGUCUCUAGGAGCGGCAGAUCAUUCAGUUGUGAUAUCUGCGCCCGCCGAGAACCAGAGUGGAAAGGGGUCAAAGGAAAAAACGCCGACUGUCUUGACUGAGGCUUGCGAGUUCAAUAGCUGCCCGUCUGGUAGCCCUGCUGUGGGAUUUAAUGCCUCCGAGCCCCGACUUGGUUAUGUCAACAGCUACCCAGUUACCUCAAUUCAAUACGGCAUCGAUACGCACGGCCCGGAAUUCUUCGACGGUCCUCCUGACUUGGCCGUCACAGGUCCUAAUGUCGGGAGUAACAUUGGUCUCGAAGUUUUCAUCUCUGGAACAGUGGGCGCUGCCACCUACGCUGCGAAGAAUGCGAUCCCUGCUAUCGCCUUCUCCGGCGCUAGUGGCUCUCAGACUUCAUGGGAUAGCGAGCGGCCCCACUACAGUGAUGUCUAUGCCGAUUUGGCAACCAACUUGACAAACCACUUGGUUGCUGCUGGCAAGCCAUACCUCCCGAAUGGUAUCUGGCUGAAUGUCAAUUUCGGAAAGGUCUCCGAUGAAUGCGCAAGUCCGGCCGAUUUCGCUUUCGUUCUCUCUCGCAUCCAUAUCCCAGUUCCACUUGUUUCUAGCGAUGACGUGACCACGUGUGGCCGUUCGAGAUUACCAAACGAAUUGGAAAUAUCGCUAGCGUCUGGGUGCUAUGCAAGUGUCUCAGUUGGGAUUGCAGACUCGAAGAGAGAUGCCCACGCUGACAUCCAGGGGGUUGUUCUGAAGAAGUUAGGCAAUUUACUUACUUGUCUACCGUGA